GAAAUAGAAAGUUAACGAAAAUACAUAAAUUUUCAAUUGCAAGGACUUGUCGAGAUGAGUAAGCUUAACAUUCAUUUAAAUAAGCUUUUGGCUCUAGCUUCACGUCAUAAAUUUAUUAUUGAGCGCACCGUAGAAAGUACAAAGGGAUCCUAUUCGGUUUAUGAGUAUGGGCCACUUGGUUCAGAACUCAGGAGAARUCUGAGGCAACUUUGGUGGAGAGACGUUGUGAUAUACAAAGAGAGAGUUAAUGGGGUUGAAUUUUCCAUGUUUGAACCCGAAAAUAGAUCUAUUUUCACUGAGUUUGAAAGAAAAUGGGUGACCAACAAAGCUACCAAAUUGCUUCAUGACGACAACCACAAGCCGGCUACAAAACGCUAUGUGCAAAUGGCUAAUGUGGACAAACUUGUAAACGAAGUAGUGUCCUAUAUAUUGGAAAAUAAUUGUAACGAUAUGACUAAGACAAGAGAUGAUUUAAAGGAAUUAAUUUUAAGAAACACAAUCCAAGUAAAGACAAGAAAUAAUAUGCACAGUGAAGGACUUGAUAUGUGGAACAAAACUUCGUCGGCAGUCUCAUUACCACAGGGAUUUGCAUGGAAUGGGAAGUAUGUUGCCAUGGACAGUAAUACCAACUUUUUAAGAAACAUAGAAGAUGAAACUCUUUGUCUACAGUAUUUUUUUCAAGCAAGAACAGCUAAGUACUGGUUAAAUUAUUGGAAAAGAGAGAGGCUAGUUUGGUGGAGAAAGUUUGCCAAUGUUCCAUCCAACUUUUCAGUCUUUGAUGUUCAACAGAGCAAAUCUCAAGCAAAUCAUGUUACGGAGGUCCAGUAUGCCUUUCCCUGGGGAAAAGAAGAAAUAGAAACUAUUGAAUAUUGGCCUAAUUCUAACCCUUUUGGUAGUCAUCUAAGAAUUGUUUCUGAAGACAUCAGUGAACUACAUCCUCACAUUCUGCAAGCCUCUGCCAGUUUGAAUAAAGGAUUUGUGGCUUUGUUGGUAGAUGCAAUUGAAGAAAAAGAACGAGYAAAUAGUAAUGGUGAUGUGUCUACUAAAAGUGUCCUCUAUCUCCACCCAAGCUUGGCUCCAGUCAAAGUUGCWAUUUUGUCUCAAAACAAAGAAAAAAAUGAAUUGUCAGAAGUCAGUCUUCAACUUGCAUCAGAAUUUCGUCGAGCAGGCAUUUCUACGACGAGCAGUGAAUGGGAUGAUAGACCUCCAGAGGAGAUGUAUGCUUAUAACGAUGAGAUUGGUACGCCAUACUGUAUUACUAUACUGGAGUCCACUUUAAGCAAUGGAGUUGUCACAUUAAGAAAUAGAGAUACCACAUUACAAGAAUUUAUUCAUAUUUCAGACGUUUUGAAGACAUUACAAAAUCAUUUAAAACCUGCGUAAGAAAAUCUGUAAGACUGGACCGGAAGUAGA